AUGUUUAUGCAAGAGUACAUAGCACUCGGUCACAUGAGUCCAGUGAAGGACGAUUGCAUCGACCCGACUCAAUGCUAUUACAUACCCCAUCACGCGGUGACAGGUAAUUUUCGUGUGGUAUUCAACGCGUCCUGCAAAACCACAAGUGGAGUGUCAUUGAACGACACUCAGUUUUCGGGACCACAGCUUCAGGACAAUUUGAUUGAAAUUCUUCAUCGGUUUCGACGCUAUCGUAUAGCUAUAACAGCCGAUGUCAAGAAAAUGUUUCGACAGGUUGAGAUCAAUCCCUUGCAUCGUAAAUGGCAACGCAUCUUGUGGCGGGAAUCUCCAGUCGAACCACUACGUAGCUUUGAGUUGGCUACAGUAACGUAUGGAAUGACAAGCAGUCCAUACAAUGCGAUUCGCUCCUUACGUCAAUGUGCUGUAGAUAACUACAACAUUGUGGAGGACGAAAACCGUGCUUCUACAGCAAGAAAGAGUAUCCUGGAUGGAUUUUACGUCGACGACUAUUUUGAAAGUUUCGACUCUCUGGUGGAAGCUGUUAGUUGUGCUCAUGAUGUCGACGCAAUCCUUCGACAAGGUCAGUUCAUUCUUGGCAAAUGGAAUUCGAACUGCGCCAAGGCACUUGAUGCAAUCACCGAUCCAGAGAAAUCAGGAAGCGAUAUUGAAUUAUACGAUUCCAACGCCACUGUGUUAGGUCUACACUGGAAUCCGUUGAGCGACGAGCUCUUUUUUAAGGUGAGCAAUGCAGACUCACAUACACUACCAACAAAGCGUAGUAUUUUAAGUGAUGUUGCAAGGCUGUAUGACCCAAUUGGUAUACUAGCGCCAGUGGUAGUUCUGGCCAAAAUGUUUAUUCAAACCCUAUGGAGGAAGGAUCUUAACUGGGACACUCCACUACCUGCAGAAUUACAAGACCAGUGGCUCGAAUUUCGAAAUGGUCUUCGUGAACUAGCGCGCGUCCGUGUACCGCGUUGGUUCAGCAUGUCUCCUCAUGCAUUUUGUACAUUUCAUGGAUUUUGUGACGCUAGCUCUAAGGCGUAUGCUGCGGUUAUCUAUGUGAAUAGUGUCACACAAGAAAGUAAUUCUAACAUGGCACUUGUUACUGCAAAAACCAAGGUGGCACCUGUGAAAGAGAUUACUAUACCACGCUUGGAACUUUGUGCUGCCCACCUACUGGUAAUCACUCUACGUCAUGUGCAAAAGGCGCUCCGUUUAAACAACGUCCCUUACACACUCUGGAGUGAUUCAACUAUAGUUUUGCAUUGGAUUCGUAAACAACCGUCAGUUUUGAAACAGUUCGUUGGUAAUCGCGUUGCAUACAUCCAGGCCCACACCAAGGUAGAAUGUUGGCGACACAUUCGCUUCGAGUACAAUCCGGCCGAUUGUGCGAGUUGA